AUGCUUCUGAAGUAUCAUUCCAGAGCUCACCUUUCUCUCUGUUUACCUUCUUCCUCUAGGCCUUUGACCUACUGGUGGAGCCGUGCUCAGUCUCUCCUUUACUGCAGUGAAACCUCUGUGCCAGGGACAUUUAUUGAAGAAAGCCACAGCUGUAUCUGCCCUUAUGACCAGCCCUCUUGUCAGGUCACCGUCCCCUGUGCUGUAGGAGAAGGGCCAGAAUGUGCUGCCUGUGCAGAAGAUAAUGUCACUCAGUGUGGAUCCUGUAAUCCUGGCUAUAUCCUCACCUUAGGGUUGUGCCGUCCAGAGGUGGCAGAGUCCCUUGAGCAUUACUUAGGGCUGGAAACAGACUUGCAGGACUUGGAGCUCAAAUAUCUUCUGCAAAAGCGGGACAGCCGCAUUGAAGUACAUUCAAUCUUCAUCAGCAAUGAUAUGCGCCUGGGGACUUGGUUUGACCCCUCCUGGAGGAAGAGGAUGCUGGUAACACUGAAAAGCAACAAAUACAAGCCAAAUUUGGUCCACCUCAUGCUGGCCCUCUCCCUCCAGAUCUGCCUCACCAAGAAUAGCACCUUGGAACCAGUCAUGGCCAUCUACGUCAACCCCUUUGGGGGCAGCCAUUCAGAGAGCUGGUUUAUGCCUACCAAUGAGACUGGCUUCCCUGACUGGGAAAGGACUAAUGUGGAUGCCUCUGGCCAGUGCCAAAAUUGGACUCUCACCUUAGGCAGCAAGUGGAAGACCUUUUUUGAAACAGUCCAUGUCUACUUGCGGAGCCGCAUCAAAUCUCUUAAUGACAGCUCUAAUGAAACCAUCUUUUAUGAGCCUUUGGAAACGGAUCCUUCUAAGAACUUAGGAUAUAUGAGAAUCAAUAGCUUACAAGUCUUUGGCUAUAGCCUGCCAUUUGAAUCUGAUGCAAUUCGGGACCUUGUCCUUCAACUAGAUUACCCCUACACACAAGGCUCCCAGGAUUCUGCUAUAUUACAACUGAUUGAGAUCAGGGACCGAGUGAACCGUCUCUCUCCACCUGGGAAAACCCGUUUUGAUCUUUUCUCUUGCUUGCUUCGGCAUAGGCUCAAACUGGCCAACAAUGAAGUAAGUCGGAUCCAGUCUACCCUGCAGGCCUUCAAUGCCAAGCUGCCAAACCCAGUGGAAUAUGAGACUGGUAAACUCUGCAGCUAG